ACGAGGCGGUCUAAGUUCAGAAAGAAGUAGACGCGCGUGUCUCCCUCUUCUUUACUUUCGCCGACCCCUCCUCCUCCGCUGGCAGAAAUUUAUAAAGAACAAAAAAUCCGCCGAGGGAGGGAGGGGGUUGAUAUACGCCGAGGCUGAAAUCGAGAGGCGAACCCAGGGAAACAGGAGCAAUUUGUACUCGGGACUUUCCCCCUCUUAGCACCCCAAAAGGAGGGGGAAAAGUCGCAGUAUCGUCAACGAAAAGGAAUGACCUUGUAGGGGCGUAAAAAAGUCUGCAACUGUGGAGACUUUAUAUAUUUUUAUUUCGAAAAAAUAUGGCCGAGAACGUUCUGGACUCUGGCCCGCCUUCAGCCAAGAGGCCUAAACUCUCCUCUCCGGCACUUUCCGCCUCCGCCAGUGACGAUUUUGGUUCACUGUUUGACUUGGAACAAGACCUCCCAGAUGAGCUGAUCAUCUCUAAUGAACCAGGCCUGGUCAAUGGCGGGGACCUCAACCAGUUGCAGCUGCACACUAGUUUGGGAGGAGGACCCACCACAGGACUGGGUGCUGGGGGUGGUAAUGGAGCAGCUGGAGGAAUAGGUUUUGGGCUUGGUCCUGGGAGUAUUGGCGGAGGUCAAGAUGCUGUGGCAAAGCAUAAGCAGCUGUCUGAACUUUUGCGAACAGGGCCAACGUCCUCAAGUCAACAAGGGCAUCAGGGACCCAUGGGCAACCCCGGAGGCCCUGCAGCCAUAGGGCAACAUUUGGCAAACAUGAAGGCAUCCUCAGGUCAAGGCCCUCAUCAAAUGAUUAGCCAGGGACAGCAGCAGCACCUCUCCCUCCAGCAGCAGGCAAACAUGAUGCAGCAACAACAGAGUGGAAUAAUGAGUAACAGGGCGAUGAUUGGUGUGCAGCAGAAAGUCAAUAAUGGACAACAGCAGCCUGGGAUGAUUGGAAACCAGGUGAUGAAUGGCUCUCCCAGGAUGGGUUUCAGUAAUCAGGGGAUGGCUGGAGGCAGCAACCUGUUGGCUGACACUCUACAGCAGCAAGGAGCUGGUGGGCAAGUUGGGGCAAGAGGCCAACAACACGGAGCCAUGAACAAGCCUGGAUUGAUGGGGAACCCAGGGCGCCCCUAUGGGAGUUCAUAUGGAGGUCAGGGUAAUCAAGCUCUGGGAGCUGCUGGCCUGGGAUCUCAACUCCAGAACAAAGGUCCCAUGGCCAACAACCUGGCCCAAUUCAGUGUGGACAAGAAGAACCAGCCAGUGCAGGGAAUGAGUGCCAUGGGUACUCAGCAGUCUCAGACAAGUGUGGGUGGUCCUGCAGGAGCACCUGUGGGUUCAGCACAGGAUAUUGUGCCCAGCGCUCAGGCAGCUCUGGUGGGAUACAGUCCUCAAACCUCUGCUGCAUCUGCUGCAACUGGAGCUCCACCAACAGCAGACCCGGAGAAACGCAAGCUUAUCCAGCAGCAACUGGUGCUCCUACUUCAUGCACACAAGUGCCAGCGGCGAGAGCAGGCCAACGGAGAAGUCCGGCAGUGCAACCUGCCCCACUGUCGAACAAUGAAGAAUGUCCUCAACCACAUGACUCACUGCCAGGCGGGCAAGUCCUGCCAAGUGGCUCACUGUGCGUCGUCAAGGCAGAUCAUCUCCCACUGGAAGAACUGCACGAGGCACGACUGUCCAGUUUGCCUCCCACUAAAGAAUGCAGGGGACAAGAGGAACCCGCAGUCUUUGCUUGGUGGGGCCACUGCAGGACUUGGAAGUUCACUUGCAGCAGUACCUGGCAGCCAGUCAAGUGCUCCCAACCUCAACCCCCCAAGCCAGAUUGACCCCAGCUCAAUAGAAAGAGCCUAUGCUGCCCUGGGGCUCACCUACCAGGGGAACCAGAUUCAGACCCAGACUGCCCAGCCCAACAUUCCCAACCAGGGGGGGCAGGCUGGCAUGAGGCCUCUGAACCCAAUAGGUGUGAAUCCUAUGGGAGUCAAUGGAGGUGUGGGUGCUGCCCAUCAAAACCAACAAGCCAGUUUGCUGCAGGACACCAUGAUGCAUCUUAAUGUGAACAACCAAAGUCUCAUGAAUGAUGCUGGUGGGGUUGGGUCCAUGCCCAUAGCAGCCCCUCCCUCUGCCACAGGCAAGAAGAAACUCUGGCACGAGGACAUUACACAAGAUCUUCGAAAUCACUUGGUGCACAAGCUUGUUCAGGCCAUCUUUCCUACUCCGGAUCCUGCUGCUCUCAAGGACCGUCGAAUGGAGAACCUGGUGGCCUAUGCCCGAAAAGUUGAAGGAGACAUGUACGAGUCGGCCAGCAGCAGAGCUGAGUAUUAUCACUUGCUAGCAGAAAAGAUUUAUAAGAUCCAGAAAGAACUGGAGGAAAAAAGAAGAACCCGGAUGCAGAGACAGGGUCUGAAUCUGGGGCCGACUGGCAUGGGUCAGCCCCCAGCUGGACUGCUUCCAAAUGGUCCACUCCCUGAUCCAUCCACGGUGCGGCCGCCUGGAGCUAAUCAGAUGGUAAACAGGAUGCAGGGCCCAGGGAUGAACCAGUUCAAUCAGAUGGGGAUGCAGUCUAUGGCUCAGAGGUCCACGCCUCCUCUCCCUAUGGGUGCACCUUCCAACCAGAUUGGAAUAGUUGGACCCAGAGUGGGACAGCCCAGUGUCAGCCAGCUACAGAACCAGUAUCUUUCACAUGGUCAGUUCCCUGGUUCAGGAGUUGGAGCAGCUCAGCCUGGGAUGGCCUUGCCUGGAGCUCAGGGAGGCAUAACACAGACACAGAUGGGGACUUCUCCUCUCCCAAUUGGUAGUCCUUUAGCUCAGCCAGGUUCAAAUAGUGGUCCCACUGGGGUCUCCACAGGGGGCCUCUUGGUUCCCCAACGUGUGGGUGGUGGAGGUCUCAACUCAUCUGUUGGUGCCCCUGCUUCCUCUGUGACUCCAUCUAACCAAAACCAACAAGCCAACUCCAUUCCCAAUUUGGGACCCAUGCGGGGUUCAUGCAGCUCACCCUCCCCAGCACACAGCCGAUCCCCCACUCCACAUCAAACGCCUCCAAGACUACCCAGGUCUCAAACGCCACAACCACAUACCCCUAGUGCACCACAAUUGGCCCAACCCUUAUCGCUUCAGCAGAACCAGCUUAGCCAGAGCCCCGGCUCUAACAAGCCCUUCCAGCAGCAACACAUUGGUCCCACUGCUCCCACCACUCCAUCUCACCCUGGACUGACCUCCAGCUCAACUCCAUAUUGUGGGCAGAUGCCACGCACUCCGUUGUCCCAGAAGGGCUCAUUCCCAGCAGACAGUCAGGCCCCGACUCCAGCCUCCGUCAACAGUCUGGACACUUUGUCUCAGCAGCCACAGUCAAACAACUCAGCUGCUAACCAGGAGCCUAAAGUGGAAGUCAAGCACCAGGAUGAGGAGGAGGAGGUUGAUGCUGGCAGCUGCUCCAAAGGAGGGAAGCUCAGCAACCACAAAACGGAGGAGAAGCCUAUGAAAUUAGAAUUGAAGAAGGAAAAGUGCUUUGAAGAAGGAGGUAAAGGAGUUCCUAUGGAUACUUCAACACCUACUUCAACAUCAGAAUUAAAAACUGAGGACAGGAAACCAGAAGUGAAAAAAGAGGUGAAAGAGGAAGAGGAGAGUUCGGAGGGAGCUGUUCCACAGGCUUCUGCAAAAAAGAAAAUCUUCAAGCCGGAGGAGCUGCGUCAGUCUCUCAUGCCAACACUAGAGUCUCUCUACAGACAAGACCCAGAGUCUCUACCCUUCAGGAUGCCUGUUGACCCACAGCUGCUCUGCAUUCCUGACUACUUUGACAUCGUGAAGAACCCAAUGGACUUAUCAACAAUCAAACGAAAGCUGGAUACAGGUCAGUACCAAGACCCAUGGCAGUAUGUUGAUGACAUCUGGCUGAUGUUCAACAAUGCUUGGCUGUACAAUCGUAAAACAUCACGCGUCUACAAGUUCUGCUCCAAACUUGCUGAAGUGUUUGAGCAGGAGAUUGACCCUGUGAUGCAGAGCCUUGGCUACUGUUGUGGGAGAAAGUUGGAGUUCUCUCCUCAGACUCUGUGCUGCUAUGGAAAGCAACUGUGCACUAUUCCCAGAGAUGCCGUGUACUUCAGUUACCAGAACAGGUACCACUACUGUGAGAAGUGUUUCAAUGAGAUCCAGGGAGAGACCAUUUCCCUGGGCGAUGACCCUACCCAGCCACAGACGUCAAUUAACAAGGAUCAGUUUGAGAAGAAGAAGAACGACACACUUGACCCUGAGUUGUUUGCUGAAUGUAUGGACUGCGGGCGCAGGAUGCAUCAGAUCUGUGUUUUGCACAAUGAUACCAUCUGGCCAUCAGGUUUUGUAUGUGAUGGCUGCUUAAAGAAGGCAAAUAGGACAAGGAAGGAGAACAAGUAUUCUGCCAAACGGUUGCCCCAGACUAAGUUGGGCUGUUUUCUGGAGACGAGGGUGAACGACUUCUUGAAGCGUCAGGCCAAUCCAGAAUCUGGGGAGGUCUUCAUUCGAGUUGUGCAUGUCUCUGAUAAAGUGGUGGAAGUCAAACCAGGCAUGAAGUCCAGAUUUGUGGACAGUGGCGAGAUGUCAGAAUCUUUCCCAUACAGAACAAAAGCCCUGUUUGCGUUUGAAGACAUUGAUGGUGUUGACGUCUGCUUCUUUGGUAUGCAUGUUCAGGAGUAUGGAUCUGACUGCCCACAGCCCAACCAGAGGCGAGUUUACAUUUCCUACCUGGACAGCAUCCACUUCUUUCGUCCUCGCGCUUUAAGAACAGCAGUUUACCAUGAAAUCCUCAUCGGAUACUUGGAGUAUGUCAAGAAAUUAGGUUACACCACUGGACACAUCUGGGCCUGCCCACCUAGUGAGGGUGAUGACUACAUCUUCCACUGCCACCCGGUAGAUCAGAAAAUCCCAAAGCCCAAACGUCUUCAGGAGUGGUACAAGAAGAUGUUGGACAAAGCUGUGGCAGAGAGGAUAGUCCACGACUACAAGGAUAUCUUCAAGCAAGCGACGGAGGAUCGUUUAACCAGUGCCAAGGAGUUGCCUUACUUUGAGGGCGACUUCUGGCCCAAUGUGCUGGAGGAGAGCAUUAAAGAGCUCGAGCAAGAGGAGGAGGAGAGGAAAAGGGAGGAGAACAGCACUUCCAAUGAGAGUAUUGACGACACAAAAAGUGACAGCAAAAAUGCAAAGAAGAAGAACAACAAAAAGACGAGUAAGAACAAGAGCAGCUUGAGCCGAUCUAAUAAGAAGAAGCCGGGGAUGCCCAACGUCUCCAAUGACCUUUCACAAAAACUUUAUGCUACCAUGGAAAAACACAAAGAGGUGUUCUUUGUGAUCCGGCUUAUAGCUGGCCCCAUGGCAAACACCUUGCCCCCCAUUGUAGACCCAGAUCCCCUGAUGGCAUGUGACCUUAUGGAUGGCCGCGAUGCUUUCCUCACACUAGCCCGAGAUAAACAUCUGGAGUUCAGUUCACUAAGAAGGGCUAUGUGGAGCUCCACGUGCAUGCUGGUGGAGCUGCAUAACCAAAGUCAGGAUCGUUUCGUUUACACUUGCAAUGAAUGCAAGCACCACGUGGAGACUCGCUUCCACUGUACCGUUUGUGAGGAUUAUGACCUCUGCAUCACAUGCUACAACACUAAAGGCCAUGAGCAUAAGAUGGAGAAGCUUGGCCUUGGCUUGGAUGAUGAAAAUAGCAACCAGGCUACUGCAACCACUCAGAGCCCAGGGGAUUCACGCCGUCUCAGCAUCCAGCGCUGCAUCCAGUCUCUUGUCCACGCGUGCCAGUGUCGAAAUGCAAACUGUUCCUUGCCGUCUUGCCAGAAGAUGAAACGUGUUGUUCAACAUACGAAAGGCUGCAAGAGAAAAACCAACGGUGGCUGUCCCAUCUGCAAGCAGCUCAUCGCUCUGUGCUGUUACCAUGCUAAGCACUGUCAGGAGAACAAGUGUCCGGUUCCGUUCUGCCUGAACAUCAAGCACAAGCUCCGGCAGCAGCAGCUGCAGCACCGGUUGCAGCAGGCCCAGAUGCUUCGGAGGAGAAUGGCCAGCAUGCAGAGAGUAGGCCAGCCCGCUCCAGGAGGACCACCUGGAGGAAAUGGCCUCCCCUCCCCAGGAGGCAACGGAGCCACUGGUCCAUCCACCCCCACAUCUUCUGGUACGCAACCCCCCACCCCACAGACACCUACCCAGGGUAACAUGUCGGCCCUUUCUCAGCUGCAGGGAGUAGGGAUGGGUGGAAUGGGAACUCCAGGCCAGCAGCAGCAGGUUCAGCAGCAAACUGGUCCUGUUCCCCCCCAACACCAUCUUCAUCAGUCUGUGGUUGGAUCGGGGAUGAUGGGUUCUCCUCAGCAUCAGAUGGUGUCCCCCCUCCAGCAGCAGGCUCCCAAUGUCCAGCAGCACCAGCAACUUCCUGGUGGUCUGCCUCCUUACAAUCACAGACCACCUGGAGCAUCUCCUCCCUACCACUCACUGGGAAAACCUGGUCUGGGUCCAGCCACGCCGCCCCACCAACAGCCUAACCAGGGACAGACUUCCAUGUCUGCACUGGGCCAGCAGCAAGGGCCCCCACCAGCUGCUGUGGAGACAGCCCUGCAGAUCCAACGCCUGGCAGAGACUCAAGCACAGAGGCGUUGCUUGGGACAGGGUGGUAUGAUGCCCCCACAUUCUCACCAUCAGAGCAGCCAACCUCAGAUAGGACUGCCCCACGUUGGGCCCCAGGGCAUGCCCCCCCAGGCUCAGGCUGUUGGAAGGACUCUUUUGGACUCUCAGCAACAGGGAUUACUGGGAAUGCAGCAGGGUGGCCCUCAGUCCCAGCUGCCCCCUCAGGUUCAGCAGCAACUUCAGCCGGUGAACGGGGGUCCGCUGCAGCCAACAAAUCAACAGUGGGGGGCCGGGGGUCCAACCAUGAACCCACAGCAAAGGACAGGGUUGGUGGGUCCCAUAGCCCCACAGCAGCAGCCAGCAGUUGCCCAACAGCAACAACCAAUGAAUCCUCAACAGGUGCAACCAGGACCACGUGGGUUAAUGCAAGCCUUGGGGGUGUCAGUGGGGGCAACGGGGGCAGCAGGAUCAGGAAAUUUACCCCAGGGGGCGUUACAGGAGCUGCUGCGAACACUGCGCUCUCCAAGCUCACCUCUACAGCAGGAACAAGUCCUGAACAUUCUGCGCUCCAAUCCCACCCUCAUGGCUGCGUUCAUCCGGCAGAGAGCUGCCAGGUAUCAGGGGGGUCCUAGAGGACCCCCGCCUACAGGACCUGGAGGUGUGCGUUUUCCAGGAGCUUCUGGAGGGUUACCUGGCAUGGGGGGGCCUGGAGCCAAUCAGCUCACCAAUGUUGACGGUCAGCAGCAGGUUAACGUAAACCCCGCGGUUCAGCCGGGGAUGAGUCUAGGUCAGGGGGGAGGAGGGGGAGGAAACAUGGCCACCAUGGCUCAGCUGCAGCAGCUGCAACAGCUGCAGCAACGUCCCAUGUUGCCUGUGAAUCUUCAGCAGCAGCAAAUGGCUGCGUUGCAGCAACAGCAACAGGGAGCGAUGCAGAUGGGGCAACAAAGCAACAUGAGUCCGCAACUCCGAGAGCUGUUUCUGAGGCGACACCUGCCCCCACAGCAGGUGGGGGUUCACGGGCAGUUCCAGCAGCAGCAGCAGGGACAGCAGAGCUUCUUGCAGCCAGGCCAAGGACAGCCGGGGAUACCCGCCCCCUCCCAACCUGCAGGAGGAGCUCAACAGCAGCGAGGAGGACCACAGGGGGGGGUGGGACAGAUUGGUCAGCAGCAAGGAUACCCUAACUCCAUGCAGCAAGUAGCUGCAGCACUUCAGCAGAGGUUCCCACAUCCACUGGGGGGUCAUCAGGGACCAGAUGCAGGAGGUGGUGCUGGAGGAGCCCAACUCCAGCCUGGCCCAGGUGGACCAGGGUCUGUGCAACAGCAAGGUGGGGGUGUUGGUGGGCCCCCCAUGCCACAGCCGUCUCCAAGUAUGGUUCACCAGAACAUCCAUCAGAGACUUCUACAUCAGCAGCACCUCGGGGGGGGCUCUCCCGCCCAUCACAAUAGUCCUAUGAGUCCCCAACAACAGAUGGCUCAGUCCCCCCACCUCCAAGGACAAGGAGGACUGGGUCCAGGGGGGUCGUUGGGCAGGUCUCCCCAGCCCUCCCCAAGGCCACAGUCGCAGCCCCCGCACUCCAGUCCGUCCCCACGCAUGCAGCCCCAGCCCUCCCCUCAUCGCAUUUCCCCACAGACCCAAACUGGAUCACCACACACAGGCCACCUGGGUCAGCACCACCCCUCGAUGGUCCCCCCCCAGCCCCCAGCAGCCCAGCAGCAGCAAGCAGUUACGUCUGUAGACCCCAGUCCGUUCAGCUCCGACCAGAACUCUAUCAUGUCCCAGCUGAGCGGGAUGACUGGGAUGCAUGCAGGACAGGGGGGCCAGUCGGACAUGUUGGGGGACGAGUAACAGCGGGGGGGGGGACCCGACUUUUACAAGUUAUUUUUACUGAAAGCUUUUAGUGAUGUCACAGACUGAUCUUCAUCAUUGCAGUCAGUGAAUUCACACCAUGGUAAGUUAUUACUGGGAAUAUAUACUUUAUAUAUUUUUGCCAAUUGUACAAAAAGGCAGAAGGGCAGCGUUUU